UUUAGUCAAUCGAGCAGAGAGGCAAAAGUGUAUCUUGGGUUGUGUGUGUUGUUGCUGAUGAGUGACGUCAUCUCAAACCAAGUGUGACGACGCUUCCUCUUCUUCGAUCGGAAUCAAUCUUAUCAGAGUAUUAAUAUUAUUUCAAGGUCCCAUUUCUCUUUGUGGUUUUGGACUUGGGACCGCCUAAAUCGUACGCAACAAAGUCUCUUCCUUUACCCGUCUACACGUUCUUCAACCAAAUUUCAGUUUUUUCUACGGGUCGGGUCAAUGUCAAGAACGACGGGAACUCUAUAUAACCAUCGAUUCGCGCGGCCGAGUUUCUCAUCAUCUACUGCUGGAUCUCGUUUUCAUUUUUGAGUCAAAUUCCUUUGAAAAUUUCCCCCCAAAUUGAGUUGAUUCUAGGGUUCUUAAGAUGAUUGAACAUGGGAACUCAGCUUUUGAUUACCGGAGUAUUAGAGAGGUUGCUGCAAACGCCGGCGCAGGAGCCACCGCUGGUGCAAUCGCGGCGACUUUUGUUUGUCCAUUAGAUGUGAUCAAAACAAGGUUACAGGUUCUUGGUCUCCCUGAAGCUCCAGCCUCUGGUCAAAGAGGUGGAGUAAUCAUUACAAGUCUGAAGAAUAUAGUUAAGAAUGAAGGAAUUAGGGGAAUGUAUCGAGGGCUUUCACCUACCAUCAUAGCUCUUCUCCCAAACUGGGCUGUCUACUUCUCAGUUUAUGGAAAGCUUAAGGAUGUGCUGCAGUCAAGUGAUGGCAAGCUUAGUAUCGGGUCAAACAUGGUAGCUGCGGCUGGUGCUGGAGCUGCAACAUCUAUUGCAACUAAUCCGCUUUGGGUUGUCAAGACAAGAUUAAUGACGCAAGGAAUUAGGCCGGAUGUGGUACCUUAUAAAAGUGUAAUGUCUGCUUUUAGCAGGAUUUGUCAUGAAGAAGGAUUGCGAGGGCUGUACAGUGGCAUUUUACCUUCUUUGGCGGGAGUAAGCCAUGUCGCGAUCCAGUUUCCAGCUUAUGAAAAGAUCAAGCAAUACAUGGCCAACAUGGAUAAUACAUCUGUGGAGAAUCUGAGUCCUGGGAAUGUUGCUAUUGCCUCCUCAAUCGCGAAAGUGAUCGCCUCUGUGUUGACUUACCCACAUGAGGUAAUAAGGGCCAAGCUUCAAGAACAAGGGCAAAUGAGAAAUGCUGAGACUAAGUAUUCAGGAGUCAUUGAUUGCAUCACAAAGGUGUUUAGAAGCGAAGGGAUUCCUGGGUUAUACCGUGGAUGUGCCACUAACCUACUGAGGACAACUCCAUCAGCAGUUAUUACAUUUACAACAUAUGAGAUGAUGCUUAGAUUUUUCCGACAAGUUGUGCCACCAGAGGCUAAUUUGUCGGAGGAUUGCGAAAGAGAAGAACAAAGAAAGAGUUUAGUUAGUCGACGAGGAGAAGAAGAAGAUAAAGAUUUGGGUUUGAGAGAAUCACAAACUCAAUCUAAUAAGAUCAGCACUCCCCAUAUCCCUCUUGGAAGCAAAUAAUGCUUUUUCAGACUUGAACCAUGCUUCAUAGGUUUUUUUGUUUCAAUGCCAUGUUCGUAAUUUUUUCCCAUGCGGAAUCGAGUUGUAACCUUUUCUUGUCGUUCUAACAAAUGUGUAACCUAUCAAUAAAUACUUUUUGGCCCUUUUGAAUUUUGAUGAUCAGCGGGUAUUUGAAGAUGAUAUU